AUCCCAGUGCCACCCAUAGAGACGUCCUACCCUGUCUGUCACCUUAUACUGGAAAAAUGGCGACGAGUAUACUGCGGCUCCCACUGCGGCUUUCCGCCAGAAAGACGGGGAUAAUGAGCCGUAACACCGGCUUGAAAACAUCAAAUAUAUCCCGGACGACUCAGAUCAGGACCGCCGUAUCAACGGCGUCGGGGGCAAUCUUACCGAAACCGGACAAAACACCGUUUGGUCUUAUCCGCAUGACAGUAGUGGUGGUGCCUUUCCUGUACGUGGGAACUCUGAUCAGCAAGAACUUUGCUGCUCUCUUGGAGGAGCAUGACAUCUUUGUCCCCGAGGACGACGACGACGAUGAUUGAGCUAACUUCAGAAAAGAAAUGGGUGCUUUGCAAUAUUCACUGAAAGCAUACCAGCCGGCGCGAGGAAGAUGGGGAUGAUGGGGCACUCCAAAUGCAUCUCUUUACCUCCACCAACCUCUCUCUAUUUAUGUUGUUUUCAAAAAAAAAUUUAAAUUUAAUUUAAAUUAAAAGUUUAAAUUUAUUUUUUUUGAAAUCGCAUGUCAUGUGAGGCUAUCAAAACUUCUAGUUACGCCUUCACUCUUGUUUGCAUGUUUGUGUCUGUCACUUAAUAAACAGAGUCUAUGACAAUUG